AUGAGCACCGACACCGAGCAGCUCCUGGCCGGGGCCCAGGCGGCCGGCGCGCCCCUCUGGACCGUAUCCAGCUGGGCCGCCUCCGAGGUGCCCCCCAACACCAGCGUGGCCGCGGGGGAGGCCGGCCGGCAGCAGGGGCAGGCGGAGUGGGGCGGCAAGGCGGGCGAGAUCGCGGGCAUGGUGGUGAUCCAGUGCAUCUACGCCCUGGUGUGCCUGCUGGGGCUGCUGGGCAACUCCCUGGUGAUCUUCGUCAUCUUGCGCUACGCCAAGAUGAAGACGGCCACCAACAUCUACCUGCUCAACCUGGCCAUCGCUGAUGAACUAUUCAUGCUCAGCAUCCCCUUCGUGGCCACGUCGGCCGCCCUGCACCACUGGCCCUUCGGCCGGGCCCUGUGCCGCACCGUGCUGGGUGUCGACGGGCUCAACAUGUUCACCAGCGUCUUCUGCUUGACCGUCCUCAGCCUGGAUCGCUACAUCGCGGUGGUGCACCCGCUGCGGGCAGCCACUUACCGCCGUCCUCGGGUGGCCAAGAUGGUCAACGGGGGCGUGUGGCUCCUCUCCUUGCUGGUGGCUUCGCCCAUCCCCAUCUUCGCCGGUACAGCAACCACCCAUGACGGCCAAGCGGUGGCCUGCAACCUCCUGUGGCCAAGCCCGGCCUGGUCGGCCGCUUUUGUGGUCUACACCACCUUGCUGGGCUUCCUGCUGCCGGUGCUGGCCAUGGGGCUGUGCUACCUGCUGAUCGUGGGCAAGAUGCGGGCGGUGGCGCAGCGGGUGGGCUGGCAGCAGCGCCGGCGCUCCGAGGGCAAGCUGACGCGCCUGGUGCUGAUGGUGGUCGCCAUGUUCGUGGUCUGCUGGAUGCCCUUCUACGUGGUGCAGCUGGUCAACUUGCUGCUGCCCGGCCACCUGAAUGCCACCGUCAACAACGCCUCCCUCAUCCUCAGCUACUCCAACAGCUGCGCCAACCCCAUCCUCUACGGCUUCCUCUCCGAAAAUUUCCGGCACUCCUUCCACGGCGUGCUGCGCCGCUGCCUCGACGCCAGCCUCUGCUGCUGCCACGCCAGGGAAGGGGCCGCCGAGGAGGAGGAGGAGGAAGAGCCCCUCGACUACUGCGCCGCUCCCCGGGGGGACGACAAGGACAAGGGCUGCAUGUGCCCGCCCCUGCCCUGCCAGCAGGAGCCCGUGCACCCCGAGCCCUGCUGCAAGCCCGGACCCCUCCUCACGAAGACCACCGCCUUCUAG